AUGACAGCUGAGCUAAGAUAUGAAGGGGAAGAGAGUUACGAAUAUAUCUGGGGAGAGAGCACUUUAGACAGAAAAGCUGGUGCAAAAGCCCUGAGGCAGGAGCAUGCCUGGCAGAGCGGGACACCUGAAGCUGUGGUUCUCGGAGUCUGCGGCUGCGCAGAAGCCCUGCAAGCAGAGCGGGCGCAGGCUGCGGUGCGGAGAGCACGCCUGGGCCUCCUGCUCCUCCAGCAGCGCUUCUUGUGGAAGGUUCUGGGAGUUUGGGAGCAGCGGAGCUGUCACAGAGGACGUGCUGAUCAGAGUUAUGAAGUUGCAACUGCCCUAGAAAAUCGAAGCCACAAGGUUCGGUAUUCAGAUUCAGUGGAAAAUGGAUCAGUUAUAUUUUCUCUUUCUGGAGUUGCAUUUUUAUUGAUGGAUGCUAAAGAAUGCUUUAUGUCUGCUGAAGAAACAUUUCUAGCCAAAAUUGAGAAGUUUAUUAACAUUCACCAAAAUAGUUUUUUGGUUCUGUCUGCUGCCCUGCAUGGACCCGAGGAAUGGAAACUAAUGUUCAGGAUUCAGCAGAGAUUCCUGGGUAGUAACUUACGGAUACUUCCAGUACACAAUGCAAUAAAUGCUAUUAAUCUUAUGUGCACCAUAGCUAAGAUCACCUCCAAACCAUACAUAGAUAGCAUCUGCUACAGAAUGAUAACAACUAAAGCUUACAUCAUUGAGCAAAGUCCUGUUUGGAAAACACUUCAAAAGCUAAAACUGAGUAAUGAUACAUUUAACCCAAAUUAG